AUGGCUGCUACUAACAAAGUAUUCGUCGCUAUCAUAGGCGCUGGAGGGGUUGGCAAAUGCUUCCUCUCACAAUUCCAAGCUCUAUCGAAAAGACGACCUACGCCCAAGUUGAGCCUCUCGUAUAUCUCAACUAGCAAAAAAGCCCUCUUCCAUGCCGACUAUUCUUCUAUCGAAAUCGACAGCGCCAUUACGGAGCUCGCCGCGUCAACCAAAGCUCCAUUGAGCUUGCCGCAGGUAGCCGACUACCUGGCCGCGGCGCCUUCAAAGGUUAUCCUCGUGGACAACACCAGCUCCCAAGAUGUUGCGGAUAACUACCCUCUUUUCCUGAGCCGCGGAAUCAGCAUCGUUACCCCCAACAAGAAGGCCUUUUCAGGUUCAUAUAAGCUAUGGCAAGAUAUCUUUACAGCUGCUGCUACUUCUGGAGCCAAGGUGUACCAUGAAUCUUCCGUCGGAGCAGGUCUUCCGGUUAUCUCGACACUGAAAGACCUAGUGGACACUGGCGAUGAGGUGACCAAGAUCGAGGGUGUAUUCAGUGGCACCAUGUCUUUCCUUUUCAACUCGUUUGCCCCCGUCGAGGGUUCUGGUGGCCAAUGGUCCGACGAAGUCAAGAAGGCAAAAGAAUUGGGCUAUACGGAACCGGACCCUCGUGAUGACUUGAACGGUCUCGAUGUUGCUAGGAAGCUAACGAUCCUUGCGCGACUAGCUGGCCUUCCCGUUGAGUCGCCAACUGCCUUCCCCGUGCAAAGCUUGAUUCCGAAGGAGUUGGAGUCUGUCGCGAGUGGUGACGAGUUCUUACAGAGGCUGAAUGAGUUCGAUUCUCGAAUGGGAGAAACGAAGCUUGAGGCAGAGAAGCAAGGUAAGGUGGUAAGAUUUGUGGGCAGCAUCGAUGUGGCUUCGAAGGCCGUUAAAGUCGGACUCGAAAUGUUCGACAAAUCGCACCCGAUCGCGGGUCUUAAGGGAAGCGACAACAUUAUUAGUUUCUACACUAAACGAUACGGAGCAAAUCCAUUAAUUAUCCAAGGCGCCGGCGCUGGAGGAGAAGUUACGGCGAUGGGUGUCACCAGCGACUUGCUCAAAGUACUGUCUCAAAUCUCGUAG